ACGCACGCACGCACGAACGAACGAACGAACAAAACGCGGUUUUGACAGCUCCGGCUGGUCUGGCCAGCGCGGAGAAAACGCACCUUCGUGAUACGCAAUCCCUGACGCGUGAUCCACAUUUUAUAAUUAAAUCCGUGCCUCCCUCGUGUCAAAUACUAGUGAAUCGCAACCCUGUCUGGAACACUGGACGCAUCCUAAUUGGAAUGUCCACAUGAGGCUGCUGAAAUUCUUGCUUCGUUAUUUCCCACCAGGUCUCGCUCUGGAGUACACGCAGGGCGGUGAUAUCAAGACAAAAAUGAUCGAUUUAUUGGACUUGUCAGCCGAAACGGACGUAAGAGCAUUAGCGGAAAGCAUAAAAGCGGCCGAACCCAUAAUAACCGAAAGUGUAAUGGACCAGUUAGUCGAAACUUUGCAGAAGCUACAGGCUAAAGUUUGCGAUACGGAUACCAAGCGCUAUUACAAAUACAAAACCUUACAUACGCAUCUUUUACCAGUCACUAAUAUAGCCCUCGAUAAAUUAGGUAAAAGAUGCUUGACGGGCAGCUAUGACCGAACUUGUAAAGUUUGGGACAUUGACAGUGGAGCGGAGCUUUUUACUCUCGAAGGCCAUAAGAACGUGGUCUACGCCGUCUCGUUCAACAAUCCAACUUCAGACAAAAUUGUGACCGGAUCCUUCGACAAAACGGCGAAGGUCUGGUGCUCGCGGACGGGUCACUGCCUCGCAACCAUGUGGGGUCACGAUGCGGAAGUAGUGGUGGCUAAAUUCUCACCGACGCAAUGCAAGCUCGCGACCGGUUCCAUCGACGCGACGUCAAAAAUAUUCCAUAUAGAAACCGGUCAGGAAUUGGGUACGUUACGGGGACACACGGCAGAAGUUAUUGCGCUGCAUUACAACGACGAUGGAAAUCAGAUCAUAUCGGGUUCCUUCGACGGUACCGUGAACAUCUGGGAUACAAGAACAUUUGCGCGAACAAGUGUGUUAAUCGGUCAUCGCGAGGAAUUGUCCAACUGUCUCUAUAAUUUCGAUUGUUCGUUGAUUGCGUCGUCCUCGAUGGAUAAAACCGCAAAAGUAUGGGACGCAAGAAUGAAUUCUUGCUUGGCUACUUUGUUGGGACACGACGACGAAGUUCUGGAUCUCGCUUUCGACAACAAUGGCAAAAGACUGGCAACAGUCAGUAGCGAUACUACCGCACGAGUUUGGGAUAUAAGCAGCAAUUUCCAACAGUUGGCUCUUAUGAAAGGCCAUCGGGAAGAAGUAUCGAAAGUUUGCUUUAGUCCGAAUGGUCAUCAACUUCUAACUGCUUCCUUGGACAGAACGACCAGGCUAUGGUCCGCGGACGAUGGCUCCUGCUUUCAGCAAUUGAAAGGGCAUACCGAUGACGUUUUUGCUUGCGCAUUUUCGUAUACCGGAGAUAGCAUAAUUACCGCCAGCAAAGAUAAUACUUGCACGAUUUGGAGGUGACUCGAUUGGUUUCAGGUGUUCGCCUAGCUUUUACUCAUCGCUCUGUUUAUCUUUUACAUUGUAUAUUUUUAUGUUAUCUAAAUAACGGUGCGCGUAUAAUCUAUCGUUUUUCGAUGAACAGACGAGCGAUGAUAUCAAGUGCUUCCGCGUUCUACUGGACAGCGACGUUGACAUUUCAAUAAUGCGGUA